GGUUAUUAUUGCUGUAAAGUAUUUCCUUUUUCCUGUUUUGGUUUUCCAUCCCUUUCUAUCUUGAUCUUAUCGGUCGGUCAUGGAAGAUCCGGAAUUUCUUGUGGAAGACGACAUAGUCGGAAGAAUCAAUUUUGAUGGUCUCUUCGAUGAGUUUCCGGAUGGGACGAAUCUUUUCUCGGUCGAACUCCCGGUUUUCACCGACUCUUCAUCGGCUGAGGCCUUUUUGAACCCAUCCCCGGAUUCGGGUUCUUCGUGGAUUGACGAAAUCGAGACAUUGUUGAUGAAAGAAGAUGACGGCAGAAUUGUCGCGGUGGAGCCGACUAAGGAGUUCUGCGAUAGCUUUUUGGCAGAUAUAAUUGUGGACAAUUCGCCUGGGGAGGGAUCCAGUGGGGCCGACAAGGAUUCGUCGGAUUGUUCCGAUGACGGGAAUGGUAAUUGCGAGAAGGCGAAGUUCAGCAACGAUAACCACGGAGACGAUCAAAAUGAUGUUGAUGAUCCCCUCUCUAAGAAGCGGAAAAGGCAGUUGAGGAAUAGGGAUGCGGCGGUGAAAUCAAGGGAGAGAAAAAAGAUGUACGUGAGGGAUCUUGAGAUGAAGAGUAGGUAUCUUGAAGGUGAAUGCUUGAGACUGGGGCGUUUGCUUCAGUGCUGUUAUGCUGAGAAUCAAGCUUUGCGCCUUAGUUUGCACUCGGGCAGCGCAUUUGGUGCUUCCGUGACCAAGCAGGAGUCUGCUGUGCUCUUGUUGGAAUCCCUGCUGUUGGGUUCCCUGCUUUGGUUCCUGGGCAUCACUUGCCUAUUCACUCUGCCCACAAUGGCCCAGUCAAUUCUGAAAAGAGCUCCACUGGAAGACGUAGGAAAGAAAAAUCCAGGAGUGGCUCUAAGAGGGGCAAAAAGUAAGAUGUUUGGAUACUUGAUGGUCCAAUCUUUUGUAAAGAGUAGGAGAUGCAAAGCUUCCAGGAUGAAGAUGAAACCGAAUUACCUUAUUAUUUGAAAGGCUUUCAUCUCCCCUUUAUAUCUUGAAAAUUUACUGUGUUGUAAUGUUUAGGUACUGCUAGUAGUGAAGUGGUGUUCAAUAAAAUCAACUGAGAUGUUAGUGGAGAAUUUAACGAUGAAUUUUAAUUAUGGGGCCCCUGUUGAGUAAUUAGAGCUAUGAUAUGUUUAUUCUUCGUUUUUCC